GUCUUCUGUUUGUGGCAGUAGGCGAAAUCCGCCGCUUUUUUGUCAGGUUUUAUCUCUGAAUGAAGACGAAAGGAAAAGGGCAAUGAAGAUAACUACAUCAACGGUGGGGGAGUUCAUCGUUAUAAAAGCACAAAACGGUCUCUGGUUCGAGUCUAAUUAACGAUCUUAAGAAUUCAAGUUCAGUUUGUCACGCGAAUGAUGUGUCGGAUCGUAACUACGAUUACUAGGGAAAAAAUUGACUUGAUCAAAGCCAUUUACUGAUCUAUAUUUACAUUCAUCAGUCACGUGAUGAGAUAUAAUUCCACUGUACUGGAUACCGAUCAUACUGAUCAGGAAAUAUAGUGCCUACUACCUACACAUCAUCUAAAAAGGCUUUCAAGCCAUGGCAGGAGCAGUAGAAGCGACGCUUAAACCAUCUGCUCCCCUGUAGAUCUCUCAGUUUCAGGAUCGUUAAAAGAGGUGGAAAAAGUGAAAUUUUGUGAAAAUAUAUUUCCAAACUGCCAAAAGUGGACGUAAAUCCUUCGCUUUGAUUGUUCGUGGUUAGUCUCAGCUUGGCAUCUUCAGCUUUUGAAGCGUUACUGUCUAUUGUUAAUCUGUCAGCGUUGUCUCUUCCUAUUAUGGAAGUAAAGUAGUUCGGAGGGGUUUUGUGUUAGCGGAAAUGUCGAAGUUUAGAAUAGUUUCGGGGCGUUCUUCGUUCUUAUUAUAGCUUUUGAAUUUUCUAAAGUAGCUCACUUUUAGUUUAAAACAAUCUUGAAACUUUUAUCGUGCAACUGAUACGUUUGACAGCUACAUUUGAUAGAGAGGAACCAAACUAUGUCCCCCCCUCCCCUAUCGCCAAAACUAAUAAUAAUAUAAUAAGUCACGGGACACUACGAGAAGUCAACAACACUGUGCUUACUAGUGCAGGGCUGUUAAUCAGUUGAACAGUUGUUGAGGAGGAGGAUUCUCGAGAUGCCGUGGAGACAAAAUAACAACCUAUCCGAUGGCAAGUUUCUCUGCGAAUUUCUAACAGACUGUCGUCUUCCCCAAACAGCUGAGAUUGUGGAAGGAUAUGAUUCAAACGAAUCGUUACAACGAUCGUGGUCUCAAGGUGAAAUCGUGCACCUUCACGCCAUGACAGAUCUACCUCAGGCAUUUGCUCGCGAUCAGAAAGGGAACCUCUACAAGAUUCCUCUAAAUUUUCCUGACAAAAUAUUUGAAAGUAUUCCAAACAGACUCAAUCACAAGUAUGAAACAGUCCAAGACCUUAUUCACGACUUUCCGAAAUACGUUCGUUCGCUCCAUAAUAUACCUCAGAGCGACAUCAACGCCGGAGAUAUACUUCGGCUUCAAGAGUCUUCACCAAACACUCAAGGCCACAUGGGCCUUAAGUGCAAGGUGGCAGGGACAAAAAGGCCAAUAUUCCUCUCUUGUGAUCAGCAAGGAUAUUUUGAAACCCUUGAGGAAGUUCGUCCUUCUUCGUUAAGAGAGAUCACAGAUCGACAUAAUCUGCCAACUCGAGUACGAGUCCAGGCAGGCUCCACAAGGAUGUUUAUUAAAGAAGACAGGCAAAUCGAGGAGAGCCUUACGAUUUUCAUCGAGGAAAUAGUACAGGAAAAGGUAAUAUUAGCUUACACCUUGAUCGGAAAGCAUUUACGGGUUUUGACAGUUCCAAUAAGCUUGGAAAUUAGAGUCAGACGAAUCGAGUCAAACGUAGACCCAAAGGUACUUGCUCAAAUUCGUCAGCGAAUUGAAAACGAUGUAAACAUUGAAUCAGUAAUCACAAACCGAGACGAGGAUGCAUCAUGGCUUUUUGAGAUCGAUCAGUGCGUCGAAACCUGUAGUGCAUCGUCGGAUGAUGAUGACUACGAUGAAAUAGUUCCUCCUGUUCCAACACGAAAUCGAAAAUUAACAAAAGAAAGUUCAGUUCAAAAUACAACAAUGGACAAAUCGCAAUUUGAGGGUCGAUAUACAGCACCACCUCAAUUUCUUGUCAAAAAGGCAGCCGUUAGACCGGAUCCCCCUCCGAUUGCCAAGAAGCCACCCCAAGCGAAACUGUCGCAAGGGAAAUCUUUGGUCCUUAAAAAUGAAGAGGGAGAAGAUCUUAAAGAUGAUACUUAUGACUACAUUUCACCCAACAAGAUCAAAUCUACAAAAGCAUCUCCAUAUUCUAAUGAUCAAAAGAAAAGCCUUAACCAAGUACUACCUCCAGUUGCCAUAAGGCCAAAUGUGACUCAAAAUAAUAAACCUCUCUGCGAGGAGGACCGGCCACCAACAUCUCGUUCUUCUAAACAGUCUGCUUCUUCUACCAAACCGCAACCUGCCGAAAAGCCCACGAUAAAACCUGCUGUUAAACUGGGAAAGGUCCAGCCUCCAGGCUCUCACAACUCUUUUUCAUUAGCUGUGGAUUUCGCUGGACUGAGAAAUGAGAAAAGGGCAUUGACCACCUCAACCAAGUCGACCUCGCAAAACGUGGAAUCGUCAGUUGUUACCAAGCCUUCCGGAAAAGUUUCCAGCGCCAGCAACCCGGAAGCUACCGAUGGAGCUCUAAAUAGAUUGAGCCAAGAACGUCUGAAAGAAAUCACGGUGAACGAAGUUUGUGAAUGGCUAACUAAGCUAGGUUUAGAACAGUACAUUGAGACUUUUGCACAAGAAUCAGUCGACGGAAAACUUUUGCUAGAUUUGGAUGAAGAAAUGAUGAAAGAUCUUGGGAUCUCCAGUUCGUUGCAUAGAAAAAAACUCACUAAAUUUAUCAAAGAUGGUUGGAUUCCCAAGACCUCUUAAUGUAUAGAGUAAAGAAUGCCUGAAAAUUAAGAUGUAGAUAACUCUAUAAUCAAAUUCUGGAGCAUUAUGCAAAUAGAUGUUAUGUAGGAUUGUUCAAAAAUGGUGCAGGAAAUUGGUCAAAUUGUUUGUGAUUGUAUCUACGGAAAAAUACAAAUAGGAAAAAUGCAAACGAUUGGGUAAAGUGUAAGAGAUGCCAUCUUGAGGUUUCAGCGAGACAGAUGGACCACACAUGAUAAACAUUUAUGAUUCAGCUGCUGUUCUUUCGAUUUUCCUAGCGAUGAAGCAAAAAAGUCGAAAAGAGCCACAGCAACCAUGGAUACUGUUUUUCUGUUAUUUCAAGUGGCUACUUUUCAAGAUGUUUUGUAUUUGAUAGUAAGCUUAAUUCUUUCUAAAACCGUAUCAAUCUCAGAGACUAAUUCCUUUGUUAUGUCUGUUUGGUCUACUUCCUUUUUUUUCUGGAGUUAAUGGAUGCGGAAUAAACCUAAUUUACACGGGCUUAUAACUAAGAUCAGGACAAUUAGUUUCGAGCCGGAAAAAGAAAAUAAAAUGCUGAAUUGAACUUUA